AGCAACCCUGAUGUGACAUAACCUAUCUUAGAUUGACAUCUCGUUAUUUCAUUAGUUUUAGAACAAUUAUUUUAUGCAGAUUUCCCGUUCAAUAACAGGAUGAAUUUUGGAAAAAUCCUUCGAAGAGCUGAUGCGCUUCAUUGGCAGCUCACACGGGAUUAUGCCUUCAAAUCAGAUUUGAAAAUCAAAUGGGUACGACCGGAAAAAAUUCCCUGCACUAAGCCAGAGAAAAGCGGAGAUUUGGGUAAACUGCCAGCAGUCAAUGAAAAAGAGUUCUUAUUAGAUUAUAACAAUUCGAAAGAACUUCAACGCGCUGAUUCCACUGUACAAUCACUGUUUCAACUUGGCAAUAAUCGUCUUGGUGAUACUUCACGUUAUUUGCGAGAACAGAUGAUUAAAGAUGUUCAAAGGCAUCCACUGGACUACGGCUCUAUGGAAGUUAAAUUGGCAAAGAUGACAGUUAGAAUUCGUAUCAUGCAAGAACAACUGGACAAAUUUCCUCGAAAUACAAAAUUAAAGGUUGCGCUGAAGGAAUUAAUAGACAAGCGAAAGAAGUUCUUAAAAUAUUUAAGGCGUUGGGAUUACCGUCGGUUUGAGUGGAUGUUGGAAAAGCUUGAUUUAGUUUACAAGCCACCCCCAGCGGAAUUCCAUUGGAUUACUAGAAAGGAAUCAUUACAAAAACUCACUGAUGCCCAUUGCGAAAAGAUCAAGGAAGAGCGCUUGGCCGAGUACCGUAAUUUAUUAAACAAACAGAAAAUACCAUUUUUAGAAGAUGCAAUAAAAAAGAUGGAAUUCGUACGUAGGGAACAAAUCGACUUGGAUAUACCAAUCACUGUAACUGAAGAACAAAUUGCAGAUUUUAAGAAGGAGCUGGAAUUUUUGACGUCACAACGUGAUUUACAAUUAGAAGACAAAGAAUAAUAUCAUUCAUUUAGUAAAAGAAUGAAAGUGUAAAUGCGUAUAAUAAAUCAAAAAUUUUAUUUAAAACGA